AUGGUCGACCACUUGGAUCCCUUAUUGCAUGGCCCCAUUAUGAUAUCCAUGCAGCGCUCUCUUUCUUCGCCCACCAACGUUCAAUCGUCGCUGCACCGGUCUCCUCCGGCAACGUCGAGGUCGCCAAUUCCGCCAUCUUCGGAGAGUCAUGUGGACGCCUUGCACUCACGAGCACAUCGAACCAAGAGCCCGUCUCGCGCGGCCAAAGACGCAAACAUGAGCCGCCGUCACGACGACCUGUCUAGGCGCGGACCUGGUCUGCAGAUGCCUACCACUCUUCCCAUCCGUCCCAUGCCCACCAUCGACCAGGGCACAGAGCCGUCGCCAGCCCCUACUCCCAAGGACUCAUCCGACAGUCUCAACACCAAUAUUGCAACCGCCUCUUUGUCCUUGUCGGAUGAGAAACCGGCCAAACUCAAGUUCCCGCGCCCGUUGUUGUCUGAUGUUUCACUUUAUACCCAGCCCUUUUGGAGCCCAGAAAGUGAAGGAACAACCUUGGAGGAGCUGGCCCAUGUUGUUCGCCUGUCCAAGUACCAGGAGCGCAAGCGCGCAAACACAAGGAUUCGCCUGCAAAGGAACCUUAUUUCGACGGCACUUUCUGCCCGUCUCAUGAGGUCUGGUGAGAUGGCCCAUCGCAGCCUGGUGGAUUGCUUCCGUGGAGACGACAAGAAGACGUUUGCAUCCUUGUACAAUGCAAUCAUCGACGUCCGCAAGAGUUGCGACGAAACCCGUCGAUAUGCCAUGCUCGAGCCCGAUAUGGAAUUGGCGCAGGCGCCAGGUCUCACGUCAACCGAGAGCGUUGACACACCCACGGGAUCAAUUGCGGGCACCACCCCAGCACCAGGGAGUGUUCCAUGCUUCCUCAACGAGCUGUCUUCUGAGUCGCGAGAGGCUUUGUUGGGUGUUCUAAACCAAAUCAGAACGAAUCCCGACUAUCUGGCAACAAGAAUCAGUUCCUUGAAAAGCACCGAACUGGCGGCGCUGACAAAGUUCCAUCAGACCAUGGAGCCAAUUGAGUCGGUCCUUCCGUAUCACAGCCGACCAGCUGGUCGUGGUACUUCGGGUAUGUCGGGCUCUUCGAGUGCUGUUGGCUCUACCUUCAGUAGCUCCUCGAGUGCAGUGGGCGCCAAUCGGCAGUCGGCCCAGGAAAGAAGCGCCAUCGAGCGGCUUUUAUCCUUCCAGAGACACGAUCCCAUGUCGGCCUUGAUAUACACUUGCUUUGCUAACUCUGCAGGUCCCGACAGCGCUGAGGACCAGCGCAGGACGUCGAUCUGGGCGAACGUCUGCGCCCGGUUGAUUUCCAACCCGGCCACUGGCAGUGAACAGACUGUCAUGUCCAUCUGCAAUGUUUGGGUUUCCAUGCGCGGCUGGUCCGGAAAAUCCAACAUGGAAUGGUAUCUUAUGAAGAUCCUUGAGGAAGGAGCCUUUCUGCUCGACCGAGCCGAAGACCAACAUGGAACCCGGUUCAAUAUAUCGGAUUGGAGUUCCAAGGAUCAGAUUGCCGCGGAGGAGUUUUAUGCCAAAGCUGUGGAUGAGCUGUUCGAGGUCAUUGACGAUGAAGACAACACCGGUAUCCCCGAGGGACUUAUCGAGCUAGGGAACGAAAUCAUCAAAUGCCUGGAAAAGAAAUACCUCGAAGCGACCCGCAAGUGGCUUGUGGCCAAAUUCUUGUUUUCCACCUGGCUGCUCGGAGUCAUCAUCCACCCAGAGGCCUAUGGGAUGAUGGCGGACUAUCACAUCACUGAAUAUGGGCGACAGAAGAUUCUCAAAUCCGUUGCCAUGAAUGCACAAAAACUCGUUAUUGACAUGCUCCAUAGCAAAACCCCGGUGUCGAUCCCACCCAAGAUCCGAGGGCACAUUGAGAACAUACAGAACCGGUUCAGAAACACAAAGUAUCAGCCCAAGACCCGCCUCUUGCCCGCUCGAUCCAUCACGUCCCUUCGAGAAACAGCAGAAGUUCAUCCGUAUCUGGUCGUUAGCCCCGCCGAUUUCGCUACCAUUGCCAACGCCCUCUUCCCAGAUCGAAGACCAGCUUCAGUUCACUCUGGAGGCCGCCGUUCUGGGGCGCCGUCUGUGUCCAACUUCUCUGUGGUAUCUCAACCCAUGUCUGUGAGGACAGCCCCUAGCACGCAGUUCGACGCCUUGUCAAUUGUCAGCACCAGUGCCGGCUCGAUAACCAGCGAUAUAACAACAUCCCGCGAGCCCCUUCUCGAGGAAGGGCCCGGUUACUCUCCUCCGGCUUCAAGCGCCCCAAGUUCUUCGGUCAACUACGAGGAUGACGGGUACCGUCUUCGUCUCGCCUUGCAUGAAAUGUCUCAGGUCCUCGGACAGGACGUGUUAAACGGCUCCUGUCACCCUUGCGCUGAGCGCUGGGCGGUUUUGUUUAUCUCUGGCAACGGCAGCCAACUUUCAACGCACAUGACCUUCGAUCCCGAUGAUGAGGUCGAUGAAGAGGCCACUACUUCUAACACCGAUAGCGAAACUGACGAGACUGACAACGAACGGCCGACACUGUACCACGACUAUCACCAACUUCGAGACGCGAUCCUGAAGUUGGUUCAGGAAUAUGAGAUUCCUCAGAAUUUGGAGAGCAGUGGCACGCGAAAGCAAACCUUUAGCAACCGAGCAUCGACACUCAAGAAAUACAGGUCCAAAAACCGGAUGGCCAAUAAUAUGGGCAGCCGGAAUCCAUACAAUAGCUGUCGUUCACGAACCCCGAGUGUUACCAGCAGUCUGUCGGACACUUCCAGCCGGGGAAAUGGCAAGGGGAAAGAGUUACCAGAGGCCGCGGAACCCACGUCACUCCUUAUCGCCAUGCUAACAGCCGCAUCCUCCCAAUCACGAGCACAAUCUGAUUUUGUCAACGCCCACCUAUACUGGAGGACACUCCAACAGCUCAACGCCCUUACAUCCGAGUCUCUGCGCAAGGAUGGGUUCUCAACAUUGCUCAACAUCUUCUCCCGUGGCCCACGAGACUCGAUCCGCAAGUCCGCCGCCGCUAUUGAAGAAUACGAUGCAUGGCUUAUCUGGCUGAAGCAGAGCCAGGAGCGCGCCGAGGGUCUUAUAGAUUCAAUGAUGCGCCGGCUUCGUGCCCUUCGUAACAAGAUGUGGUACGUUACCGACGUACGCAACUCCGCACCUUAUGACGAAUCACGAAAUGUUGCAGUCGCCCUCAAAACCAUGGGCAUGCCUCACCGUUGGAAUUCGUUCCAGCGAGUCAAAAGCAGGAUGCAACGUGGCCCAGCUUCCAGCUACCUCUUCAAGACCGAAUCCCAGGUCUUGGACAUCCUCGCGGCGCCCGAAGAGCAAGGUGGACCUAACAAGCUCCGUGACGAGCAGGCAGAGAAAACUGCCAGGUGGCUGCAACAGUAUGAGGUUGAAAACUUCUGUUGCGGGGAGGAGAGAAUCCAUCGCUUCUGCUGUGAGGUUGAUAGUUGUAUCAACAAACUGCUCGGUGAUAGCAUUGUCGACGGACCGGUUCUAUGGUCCAGUGAACUUUUCACGCGGGAUAGGCGAAACCUCGAGAGCAAGCAGGUCAGUCGCCGUGACCGAGACUUCGACACCCAGUCGGUCUCGUGGGAUGACUCCAUCAGUGUGAUUAGCGACCCUGAAAGGAGAUUCACCCCGGGAAUGCGGGGCCGGUCAUCCAACACCAAUCUGCGAGCUUUGUCUGGUCAUAAUUUGAGUCAGUUGUCCUUCGAUUCUUCUAGCCGCUUCAGCUAUUCACGAGCCAGCACUGCGAUUUCCGAGAUUGACGGCUCGGACUACUUCGGUGCAUCAUCCCCGGUGCAUCAGAUCGAUUCUCGAGAGACGUUCUGGUCACCCUUCCACCGCCGGCCUACAUCCCCGAGUACCGUUACGUCCAGGGCUCAGUCGCCAACCACGAGCAUAACCAACUUCUCUGGCUCCUUCAACCCUCCCAAUCAUCACACUCUCCCGUCCAACUCUCAGCACUCGAUAGGUCGGUCUGGCGCCUCAGUGUCAUCUUCCAGCGAAACUGUCUUCCAGCAGCGCCAGUCAGAGGAGAAGGCUCGCUUCCUCGGCGAACUCCGCCAGACGCUUACCAGUCUUAUUCUCUCCGAUCUUGGUAACCUGGUAUUCUCUCGCGGUUCGGAAACGGACGCGUGGUUUGAAGGUCUAGGCCAGGAUUGUAUUGAUCGCCGAGAAGCCAUUCAGCGCCGCAACCGUGAGGCCCUGGGCAAGGAGAAGCGCAAGUCCGCCGGCAAAGGUGGCCUCAAGCAGCGGAUCCUUGAAAGGAAGAAGAGCUACACCGACCUCCGCGAUGGAGUAAGCGAAAAGGGAGCAUCCGAGACACAAAAUCCUGUUGCCGAAGCAGGUGGCUCGGGCAGUGUUCACGGAAACGAGAAUACUGCCCCUAACGAGCCCUUAUCCGGACAGCGGUCUAACCGCGACGGAAAGAAGGAAGCAAUGCCUGAUUUCCCAUUCAUGAAGUCCUACCAGAGACUCUUGCGGAUGUUCUGCGUGCAUCCCAACCCAUAUGUUAAGCUCAAUGCCCUUCAUGAGCUCCAACACUUGAUCAGCGCAUCCCUGAAUUCGGGAUCCCGGCGCUCUCGAUUGGCCUGGGCGCGGUCUGAUCCCGGCUCUGCAUCUUCGACCACCGAGGAGCACGGGGCCCAAACCCGAUCGCAGCCUAUCGACGACGCGAUUGACAGCUUCAAGGAGCGGCGUUCUCACGCGCUCAUGCAAGCUCCGGCCUUUUCAGGCAGUCAUGGGCAUAGUGGUAGAGUGCCGGGCGGCGGACGAGAAGCCGACACGCGCUCCGUUGUGUCGGUGUACCCUGCCAACACGGAUGCCAUCGCCAAUGUCCUACAGAAGCUCUUCCGUGAUUCAUCUAUGCGUCCCAAAACACUCUUCCGCGACUUGCAGUUCAUCGCCGCCUUUGUCUCUCCCACCAUGCUUGACAAGACAGAACGAGGCAAAGCGUUCUGGGACGCCGGACUUGCCGCACUCAGUCUCAAGCAAGAAGUCUGCCGGACAAUGGUUGAAGUCGCAGACGAGGUAGUUAAGAACUUCACGACGACUCGCAACGAUGCAUACGACCACCGGGCGGGCAGCGGAGCAGGAGAAGAGCCAAGCGGCACGCAAACACCCACAGCCGACAAUCCAUCGUCCCCGUUCAACUCGCCGCCAUCCCCGCUUCCUCUCACCACUCACUCUCUCGCCGACGCUGCACGCAUGUGGACCAUCACGGCCAAGGAAGGCGAUCCCACUGCGCAGCGCGAGCUGGCUAUCUUUUACCUGUCCAACCCUGAGCUGGUCGAGCGGACCACUCUGCCGCUGAGCAAGCCCCGGGAGGUAUUCAAGCAAGCUGUUAUUGACAAGUACGGUGGCGGUGGUGGAAGAUCUGGUGCCGGUGGAAGCAGUUCGGAUGAGAGCGCCAGAUUUGCGGGAAUGGGAAUGGGCGAUGUCAGGAGCGACCCGGCAUUGAUGUGCUUGGCUAUCCACUGGAUGGGAGCAGCAGAGAGUGGAGGGGAUGAGUUGGCGAAGACUUUUAUGGCGCAGCAAAUGCGUUGA